UAUUUAAACAUGUCUAUCGAUUACAAACAAUUUAGGUGAAUGUCAUUAAAGAAGAAGAAACCCAAACAUGAAUUUAGAACUGCUUGAAUCUUUUGGCCAAAACUAUCCCGAGGAAUUUGAUGGCUCCCUGGAUUGCAUAUCGCUAGCUGUUACCUGUGCCUUUAAUAAAUAUGGAACUUUACUGGCCGUCGGCUGCAAUGACGGACGAAUUGUUAUUUGGGAUUUUUUGACGCGCGGUAUAGCAAAAAUAAUAUCAGCCCACGUACAUCCUGUCUGCAGUCUUAGCUGGACUAGAAAUGGCCACAAAUUACUCUCUGCUUCCACUGACAACAAUGUUUGCAUAUGGGAUGUGCUUACCGGUGAAUUGGAACACAAAUAUCGCUUCCCUUCACCCGUUCUAAAGGUGCAGUUCGACCCACGCAACGACAGCCGCCUGCUUGUCUGCCCAAUGCGCUAUGCAGCUGUUUUAGUUAAAAUAGCAGGCUCACAUCGCUGCCUCCCACUGGAUUCUGAUGGCGAUUUGAAUAUAGUUGCGUCGUUUGAUCGACGCGGUAAACAUAUAUACACCGGCAAUGCGAAGGGCAAAAUCCUUGUGCUGGACGUGGAGACAUUUGAGGUAGUCGCCAGUUUUCGGAUUAUUGUAGGAACAUCGAGUGCAACGGCUGUGAAGAGCAUUGAAUUCGCACGUCGCGGGGACGCCUUUCUCAUAAACACAUCCGAUCGUGUGAUCCGCGUUUACGAUUCUAAAGAGAUUAUCGCAUUGGGCAAAGAUGGCGAGCCAGAGCCCAUACAAAAGCUACAGGAUCUGGUCAACAAAACAACGUGGAAGAAAUGUUGCUUUUCUGGCGAUGGUGAAUACAUUUGUGCGGGCAGCGCUCGACAGCAUGCAUUGUAUAUUUGGGAAAAGUCAAUUGGAAAUCUUGUCAAGAUUUUGCAUGGCACCAAAGGAGAGCUGCUGCUGGACGUUGUCUGGCAUCCUGUGCGUCCAAUUAUAGCUAGUAUUAGUUCAGGAUUAGUCUCGAUAUGGGCACAGAAUCAGGUGGAGAAUUGGUCAGCUUUUGCGCCUGACUUUAAGGAACUGGAUGAGAACGUUGAGUAUGAAGAAAGAGAGUCUGAAUUUGAUAUUGCCGAUGAGGAUAAGUCGGUGGACUUGAAUGCUGAUGCUCAGCAGGACGAGGAGAUUGAGGUGGAUGUACAAAAAGUGGAGCCGGUUGCAGCAUUUUGCUCCUCUGACGAAGAGGGCGAAGAUGAGAAUGCCUUACAAUUCCUGCCCAUGGCACCCGAGGUGGAAGAUCCCGAGGAUAGCUGGACAGAUAAUCCAGAUCCUCCCUCAGCUUUAGUGGGUAGCGAUUCACGUGACUACGAGGAGGACAUAAUGGCUUCAAAGCGCCGGCGCAUGCAACACUAUGAUGUCAGCCUGCCCGACGCGCCUACCGAUGAAACACAUCCGCUCAUUUCGAGCAAAGCCAGCAAAGACAAACAACAACCGAUUGGAGGGAAAAAGGCUGCUGGGCGGGCGAAAAAAUAAGAGUUGAUUCGCAUUUAUAGUUUAUUUAGGUUAUGUCAUUAAAACGAAAAUAUUCACUUGA